AACCCUAGACUUCCUCUUUACCCCUGCCACAAAAACGCCUCGUAGAACAACCAUUAGAGCAACUCGAGAAGUAAGAGAGACGACUGAAAAUACAAGUUCUCCGGCGCCGUCCAAGGCCUAUAAAUCGGAAGUUCCUCGCAUUAGCAAAUUCUUUCCAACUUCCAAAUGAGGCUGUUAACUCACAAUAUGUUAUCAUCCAACAUCAAGGGAGUCGCAAAUGGAUUUCCGUUGAAGAUCGAGGUUGUGAAAGUGGUAGAGAAGGAGGUUGAUUUUAAUAUCGAUUUUCUCAAGAACAUGUUCCAUAAAGUUGAAUGGAAGGCACUGGCGGAAGCUUCUACAACCAUGGGUUACGCUGAACUGCCUGAAAAUGUUGAUGCUGCUAUGCUAGACUCAGAUGAUUUCCUUCAUAAGUUUCAUCAUGCCCUUCUUGAGCUUCAUCUUGAAGAGGGUGCCUUGGUUUGUCCAGAGACUGGCCGGAAAUUUCCUGUCAGUAAAGGCAUUCCCAAUAUGCUUCUUCAUGAAGACGAGGUCUGAUUAGUUUUUUUUCUUCUUUUUUGGGUAUUGAUGUGUUUUGGUUUGGAAAUGGGGAUUAGGGUUCUUGAUAAUAGGGUUUAAGGGGUUUGUUCUGAUAUACCAUUUUGAUUGUAAUGCUAU